GGCAGGGCCCUAUGAUUUAUGCAGGAGCAGAGGCAGCACGCAAUCGAGCUGUCAAGAGAGCGUCAGCUUAUUAGGCAAAUGCUGCGUGGUUUCUGAAGAGGGUCGACCCUAUAAAAUCCCACUCCGGGUUCUGGUGUGGAGAAACUCAGAGCCCAAGUCCGUUGAUAAAUUGAAGAGAAAGAAAAGAGGGGAAGAAAAAGAGAGUAGAAGCAGAAAAGAGAAGGGAAGAAAACCCCUGAAAAAACCCCGGGGACGUUCCUCUGCAGAGAGGCAGAAGUGCCCGCUCACCUGCAGAAGCGCCUCAGAAGCUAGCGCCCCUAACAUGCGCUUGCCGCUGCUCGUGUCCGCGGGUGUCCUGCUGGUGGCUCUCCUGUCCUGCCCGCCAUGCAGGGCCCUCCUCAACAGGGGUCCCGUCCAGGGAGCCCGACAGGCCCCACAGCCCCUGGAUUUCUUCCAGUCGCCGCCGCAGCCCCAGCAAACCCAGCAGCCGCAAGCUCGUCCCGUCCUGCUCCGCAUGGGCGAGGAAUACUUCCUUCGCCUGGGUAACCUGAACAAGAGCCCUGCUGCUCCCUUCUCGCCGGUCUCUUCGCCUCUUGCCAGCGGCAGUGGUAGCGGCAGCCGCCUCUCUAACGACGAGGCUGCUGCCAACUUUUUCCGCGCUUUGCUGCAACAGCAGCUGCUGCUGCCUCGGCGCCCGCUCGACAGCCCAACUGGUCCCACGGUGCGCGGAGCCGAGAACGCCCUCGGCGGCCGCCAGGAGGCACAGGAGAGGGAGAGGCGAUCGGAGGAGCCUCCCAUUUCGCUGGAUCUCACCUUCCACCUCCUGAGAGAGGUCUUGGAAAUGGCUAGGGCGGAGCAGUUAGCUCAGCAAGCUCACAGCAACAGAAAACUGAUGGAGAUUAUUGGGAAAUGAAACGGUUGGUUUGGCCAAAAAGAUUCUGUAUUUAGCACACACACACAAAUAAAAAAAUAAUACAGCAUUCUGUACCAUAGCGUGCGCUGAUACCAUUUGUUUAUUUUUAUAUAGCUUGACGCGUAGAGGAUGUACAGCAAGAGAAACUAUACUCCUUAACUAGCAUGACCAUAGUGUAUUCUCGUGCAGUAAAACAACAAAAUGUUAUUUGCUACUGUUUACAUUUAGUUUCCAUCUCCAGUUGUCUUUAUUGGUGUUUGCAAGAGAGUAUGGAACGUUUUGAAGAAACAGACGGAAAUCAUACAAUGAUUUUGUUGUGGUCUGAGCCAAAGAAAAUGUCUUUCUCUUGGGUGGGCAAGACAAAAAUCUGUAAGCUCUUUAAAUCAACUUUUUCUUGUAAACCUUUCAGUAAUAAAACAUCUUUCCAAACCUUGGUCAAUUUGGUUGUGCAAGAUAAUGUUGAAUAUUUAUAUUUUUAAUAAAAGCUACAAAGUUAA